UUUAAUCUAAAGCAAGUAUAUUAAAUGUUGAAAAGUACAGUUCCUUUUGAAACUCACACCUCUAGUUUCAUCUUGGCUGAUAAAAGUCACAAUGUAACUAAAUGUGAAAAUCUCCCUUACUACCGUUGAAAAACUGCAAUGCGGUUGUAUGCGGUACAAUAUUGUUUUAAAACACAAAAAUUUUAAGUGUUUGAAAAGUGAAACAUCGAGAAAAGUUGAAAUUGUAUUCGGUUACAGUAAAAGUUUAUUAGUAUAAUGAAUUCUCUUAAAAGACCUGAAUUAGUAGCUAAAGUUCAAGAAUAUUUCGGAGUAAAUACAAAACAUAAUGAAAGAGAUAAACAAUAUAUAAUAGAAAAUAAAUUCUGGUAUUAUUUAUUUAUUUUUGGAACUGCAUUAGGAGAUGAAACAUUUUAUUCCGCAUUCAUACCUUUUUGGUUUUGGAAUAUUGAUGGUGCCGUUGGAAGAAGAGUUGUACUUGUCUGGACAAUUGUUAUGUAUAUAGGUCAGGGUAUCAAAGAUAUAGUCCAAUGGCCAAGACCAGGCCCUCCGGUCGUAAGACUACAAAACAAAUGGGCCAUGGAGUAUGGUAUGCCCUCAACGCAUGCUAUGGUAGGCGUUUCAAUACCAUUUUCAGUAUUGUUAUAUACCAUGGGAAGGUACCACUAUAAUGUUCCUUUAGGUAUUUGCAUUGCAGUUUUAUGGUGUACUCUAAUAAGCAUUAGUCGACUAUAUCUUGGAAUGCAUACAGUUUUGGAUGUCAUAGUGGGUUUAGCAUUAGCAGUAUUGAUAAUGUUCCCGAUGGUUCCACUAGUAGAUCUAUUAGACAAUUAUCUACUUACUAGUCCAACAUCUCCUGUUCUACUUUUAGGAUCAUCUAUUUUAUCAAUUGUCUACUACCCUAAUAGUGGAAAAUGGACACCAACUAGGGGAGACACAACAAUGAUUCUAUCGGUUUGCGUCGGAAUCCAAAUAGGCUCCUGGUUAAACUACCAUACAGGCGUAAUGACGCCUUCGGAGUUGUCAGCGCCUUAUAUCAUCAUGUGGCCUUCAUAUACCAUGUUCGGUUGCUUAGUCCUUAGGACUAUAAUCGGGUUCGCAAGCGUUUUGCUAACGAAAAAAAUAUGUACUAAAUAUACUUACAAUUUAUUGUGUGCUAUUUUGAAAGAGGAUGUCGACAAUCUGAAAAAAUCCGAAAAUACGUUACAGAAUAAGCAUAAAACAUUCGUUGAGCUCAGCUCAAAGUAUGUAUUUUGUUUCAUGAUUGGUUUCAAUACGGUUUAUUUGUUUCCGCAAUUAUUUAGAUUUUUGAGAAUUGAACGACCGACGUUUUUUACGGAAAUUUGAUAAUUUUGGAAAUUUUGUGAGUUGAAGUUUAUCUAGUCAAGAAAUAUCUCCGUUUAUUAUCAGGGUUAUAGAUCAUAAUAAAACAAGUUGAUAUGAAAAUACUCAAAGUUGUACGACCAGGGUCGAUAAUUAUUGAAACAAAAAAAAAUAAUAGUAUGGUGGAAACGGAUUUAAAAAGGAGGGGAAUAUUAUAAAAAUGAAAGGAAAAAUAAUUAACCGGUGAUCUGAAAUCGGGAUAGGGAAGGGGUAAAAUACAGUUUACAUCCAUUUCCGGAAAAACUAGGCGUCUUAUGGAAGAAAUGCAAAUAGCAAAGUUGUAGGUAAUGAAAAGAUUUACAAUUUUUGUUUUCACACUUUUUUCACAUAACCUCAAAACUUAUGUGAAAAAAUGAAAAAAAACAAGUUUUUGGUUUUUGAAUUUUAUCUUUUACAAAAAACAUUAUUUUUUCAAGAAAUUUGAUGAAAACUUACCUUUGUAUGUCCGGAAUACACUGUAAUUCAUCUAUUUUGAAUUAUUUAUUUUUUAACGUUAUUUUGACUCAAUAUCGAAGAAACUUUUGCCAUCGCCUUGGUGAAUUUUCUGCAAAAGGCAAAAAAACGAAAAAAAAUCGCAUCCAAAAUUUUUUUGUACAAUUUCACAUUCUAAUUACACGAAAAACUCAAGUUAUUUGAUAAUCACAAGUAAUUAGAGUCUAAAACUUUCAGAGUAUACAAAACUUGUACUUAAUGAUAAAAGAAAAUUUUCGUAAACUAGUUUAAUUUCGUUUUUUUUUUGACUUUUCUGAAAAAUUUACUAUAGUGUUGGUGAUCUAUUUUUACACCAUGAGAAAAUAGAGAUUUCAAAGAACAAAAAACUCACCGAUUAUAUAAAAAAGCUGAUAUUUUGAUGGGAGAAUUUUCGUUUUAAAAUUAGGGUACUUUUCUGAUAUAAAGUCAAAAAAAAUUUGAAAAAUAAAUGAAUUACAGUGUAUAUUGGACAUGAAAAGGUAAGUUCUCAUCAAAUUUUGUGAAAAAAAUGACGUUUUUUAUAAAAUAUGAAAAUAAAAAACCAAGAACUUGGUUUUUUGAUUUUUUCACGUCAAUUUUGAGGUUAUGUGCUAAAAGUGUAAAUACAAAAGUUGUACAUCUUUUUAUUACUUACAACUUUGCUACUCGACUUUUUUUCCAAAGACUCGUAGUUUUGGCGGAAAUCCGUUUUUUACCCGUAAAAACUCACCCCCUUUUCCUUUCCGACCUCAGAUCGCCUUAAAAUUCUUUUUUUCACUUUUUAUCAUUUUUAAAGGCUUCUACCAUGGUCUAACUGUAUUUUGAGAUGUAUUGUGAACUUUUCUAAAAUUUUAUGUCGUAUUUUUUUAUUUUUCGACCCCUUAUUAUUAAUAUUACAUCACUUUUUGCCAAAAAAUUACAUAAAUUCUCUUGAAAUAACAUUAUUGUGAUCUCCAAGUACAAUCUGCUUUAAUAAUUAAACUUUUUGGUUAUACCAAUUUUUUUUAGUACAAUGAAGCAUUUAUUACAUAUUAAGUAUUAAAAUACCGAUAAAAGUUACAAAAAAAGUUAUUUCAACAUUUUUACAUCUUUAUAGAAAAAAAAUUCUCUAGGAAAAUUAGUAGAAAAUAUAUCAAACGUUAAUUUAGAAACGGUUAAAUUAAUUCAACCCUGAUGGGUUUGAAAACACGACGUCGGAUUUAUAUUUACGCCGCAACAUAAAUUUUACAAUUUACCGCCCAAAAUAGCGCCGAUAUAAAUUUUUGAAAAUGGAAUAUUUUUGCGACGCGCUAAUCGCUUGCUAACGUCACCAGCGCCGAUCGAGUUUCUUCCGACAAGCUUGUUUUGUUUUACCAACCAAUCGCGUCGUAUUUUUAAGUAGCUGGGUUUUUGGCGUCGCCAAGAUCAGUCUUAAACGUCCCGGGUCAGGCAACCGACGCCAACUAAGUCGGAGAAAAAUUUCUUUUCUUCGCCGUAUUUCGUUAAUAAUUUCUUAAUUGAACAAUUCAGUUUUAUAAUGUCAAAUAAUUAUGUAUGUGUUACAUGGGGGGCACGAGAAGGAUUUUGUAGGGGCAUGGAACAAAAAAGUUUGGGAAACACUGUUUUAACGACCGGUCGUUCUGCCAAUAGAUCGGCGCUGAUGACGUAGUACCUAUAAUCAGUCGAUUGUUCUUUUUGGAAACUCCGUUUCACAUUUUUGAACUUUUUAAAAAGUAACUGCUUAUAAAAAAUACUUCGAUUAGCACCAUCAAGUCACUCUAGUUGAUUUAUAGUCUUCAAGUAUGUGUAGAAAAAAUUCUAAUUCUAUCUAACAUAUCAAUAAUGAAUUAGAAUAUGUAGUUUCCGAAUUUGUGAUAUAUUUAUAAUGGAAUCGAGAUUAUCCAAAUUGUUGGGUUUCUUCAAUAACUAGUUUUAAGGAUAAACAUGCUCAAGUACGUUUUGAAAAUAUAUCGAUAUGUUACUUAUGAGAUUUUCAUCUGGAUAAAAAUGACCACGUUGAAUAUUUAUAACAAUGUGCGUUUUUAAUUCAAAAAAAAUAUUCAAAACUAGCUAAAUUUUUGAAAUUUACGAUAGCACAAUAAAUAGAAGGCCUUUUUAUAUAAUAGGAUUCUGUGUUGCUGUUUUUAUAUUUAGAAAUAAAAAAUAUACAUCAUUACUAUUAGAAA